CAAAACAACAACAAUUCUUUUUAAUUCGGGGUCUUUCCCCGUGGUUCCCUCCUCUACGUACCAUACUCUUGGAUUCGACUCUGUCGGCAGGCCCGGUGUGUUUGUGACAUUAUUAAUCACCUGUCCAAAUGGUUGCAUAACUCAGCUCGGAUCCCAACAUCACCAACUGUAGGGUACCCAACUGUAGCCGGUAAUAAGAUGGACUCAUUAACUGGUCCUGGUUUGGUCAAGCCCAACCUAUCCUUGGGGUCAGACAACGAGUCAAAGGUCAUGACCAAAGAUGGCAAGGUCACAACUCCGCAUCGUUGGCUGUGGUCUGGUAUCAAUGCUGUCAUGGCUGUAUUCUUUGCUUUGGCUGCAUUUGUACAGUUAAAUGACACAGAUCCUUAUCUUUGGAUUCCAGUCUACAUGAUUCCAAGUUUUCUUUGUUCGUCCAUCGUGUGGUCUAGCGAUGCAGUUGACUCUAUGUGUUGGCAUGUUACAGCCACUGUACACAUGUGUUUAUGUGCUGUGGGAAUCGCUGUACUGACGUUCCAAACCAGACAGCAAAUGAAGAAAGAGAUGAUAAACCCCCUAGCUUUAGAAGAAGGAAGAGAGCUGUUUGGUCUUCUUAUAGCCCUGAUGUGGAUACUGAUUUGCAAGUUCAGCAGCCGUGUUAAAUUCAUAACAUCUACAAAGCAGCAGAGUGCGCUGAUCUGGUCAUUCGUUCUGCUUGGAUGUGCACCACUAAUACUCUGGGGGGCAUGCUAUCAAUCACAUUUCAGCCACUGUGGAGACGUAUUUUGAAUGCUUUAAAUAGUAACAAUAAAGCUUGGAAUCCAUCCAUUAACUAUGUUUGAUGUAUUGGUAACUGUGCAGAGUGUCAACUAAACAAGACUAUAUAUUGCAAAAUUAUACUUUUCAGCUUCCUUGAAUGUAAAUAUACUUUGACAUAAUUAUAAUCUGUUUAAAGUUCUGGAAAUUUUAAU